UCCCCAACUCACUUCCUGUUGAAUAGUAAAUGUGCCUGUUUCGUUUGCGUACCGGCACAACAGAACGCUUGAGUGGAAAAACAGUCCUUUUCUUUAUUUGGGGGAAGUGGGAGGAGAUAAAGGCAGAUGCACAGGUGGUGCAUUUGUUUCAGGCUGAAGUGUGGCUGCCUGCUCACAGCCGUUCACUGGGACUGGUCCGACUGGUUUGAUGCCUCCACACUAGCUGAGCUCUCCCAGAGAUCUGGCUUCUUUUGUAGCGGGCAGACAGCGAGCAGCGGGUGAACCAGACACAGGAGCUGUGGAGAACGUUUGAGAGCCUCUCUGUACAUUUCAACACUUGACCCAGAGAGGGAAUCUCAACAUGCCUGAUGGAGGAGAAGACCAGUUUUACGGAAAGAAUGGAGAGCCGAGGAAGUACGACGCCAACUUCAAGGGCCCGAUCCAGAACCGGGGCUGCACGGACAUCGUGUGCUGCAUCCUCUUCGUUAUCGCCAUACUGGGCUACAUCGCAGUGGGAAUACUGGCCUGGUCCCAGGGCGACCCCAGGAAGGUGAUCUACCCCACCGACAGUCGAGGCCAGUUCUGCGGGCAGGCGGGGACCCCCCUGGCCAACAAGCCACUUCUGUUCUACUUCAACAUCAUGAAGUGUGCCAGCCCCAUGGUGCUGCUGGAGUUCCAGUGUCCCACCACGCAGAUGUGUGUGGAGAAGUGCCCCGAAAAGUUCAUGACGUUGGUGAAAGCCUACACCAACAAUAAUGACUUUGCCUACUACAAGAACUUCUGCAAGGAAGGCGUGACGAACACGAUGGGUAUUCCGCAAAUCCUCAGCUUAGGGCUCUGUCCAGCCAUGCUGACCCCCAGCAGACCAUUCACCCGCCGGUGUUUCCCAGCGUUGGGCCUGAAAGGAGGGGUGGUAACCGUGGGAAACAACUCUCACUUCGACGACGGCAGCGGAAACAUGAGAGACGCCAAGGACCUGAUGGACGGAGUCAAGAACGCCACCUUGGUCAUCGAGGCUCGCCAGGUGGUCAUGAAAAUCUUCGAGGACUACACGCAGUCCUGGUACUGGAUCCUGAUAGGGCUGGUCAUCGCGAUGCUCACCAGCCUGCUCUUCAUCGUCCUGCUGCGCUUCCUGGCGGGGAUCAUGGUUUGGAUCAUGAUCGUCCUGGUGAUACUGGUCGUAGGAUACGGUAUCUUCCACUGCUACAUGGAGUACGCCGCCCUGAAGGGAGAGGCGGGCGCCAAUGUGACCCUCCAGGACCUGGGCUUCCAGACGGACUUUGCGGUCUACCUGCAGAUCCGACAGACCUGGCUGGCCUUCAUGAUCAUCCUGGCCAUCGUGGAGGUCAUCAUCAUCCUCUUGCUCAUCUUCCUCAGGAAGAGGAUCCUCAUCGCCAUCGCUCUCAUCAAAGAAGCCAGCAGAGCCGUCGCUCAUGUGAUGAGUUCCCUUUUCUACCCUCUGUUCACGUUCGUCCUCCUGGCCAUGGUCAUCGCCUACUGGGCCGUUACCGCCGUCUUCUUGUCUACCUCCAAUGAACCCAUCUACAAAGUUUUUAAUGAGACCGCAUGCGACCACUCGAGAACAACCUGCGACCCAGCAAACUACUCCACCAGUAUCGAAAAAGCGCAGUGCCCCGACUCUCAGUGCCUUUUCGCCUUCUACGGCGGAGAGACCCCCUACCACAAAUACCUGAUCGGCCUGCAGUUCUACAACGUCUUCCUCUUCUUCUGGUGCGCCAACUUCGUCACGGCUCUGGGACAAAUGACCCUGGCCGGGGCCUUCGCCUCGUACUACUGGGCCACGGUCAAGCCGGACGACAUGCCUGCCUUCCCAGUCUUUUCUUCCCUGGGGAGAUCUCUCAGGUAUCACACGGGAACUCUGGCGUUCGGAUCCCUCAUCCUCUCAAUCGUUCAGAUCAUCAGGGUUCUGCUGGAGUAUCUGGACCACAAGCUCAAAGGAGCCCAGAAUAAGUUCACCAAGUUCCUGUUGUGCUGCUUGAAGUGCUGCUUCUGGUGUCUGGAGAAAAUCAUCAAGUUCCUAAACAGGAACGCCUACAUCAUGGUGGCGAUCUACGGCAAAAGCUUUUGCACCUCUGCCAGAGAUGCCUUCCUCCUCCUCAUGAGGAACAUGAUCAGGGUGGCCGUCUUGGACAAAGUGACGGAUUUCCUCUUGUUUUUGGGCAAAUUGCUCAUUGUUGGGCUUGUGGGGAUCUUUGCCUUCUUCUUCUUCUCCGGGAGAGUGAAGGCCUUUGAGAAUACAGCCCCGCAUCUCAACUACUACUGGGUACCCAUCCUGACUGUAGUCGUUGGCUCCUACCUCAUUGCCCACGGAUUCUUCAGCGUGUACGCCAUGUGCGUGGACACCCUCUUCCUGUGCUUCUUGGAGGAUCUAGAAAGGAACGAUGGGAGUGCGGAGAGGCCCUACUUAAUGCCCGAGAGCCUCCGCAAAGUCCUGAACAAGAAGAACAAGCCGGCUAGCUAGAGCCUCUCCUCCGUGAGGCCGGACGCAAAGCAACCGCCAUCAGUCACCAGCGGGCCUCUAAAUCUCCGUUUUGAUAGUAGUUGUAAAUUUAAGAAAACAUUUAAUUGUAUUUUUAUUUGCUUUAAUUUUAGCAUGUUUUAUGAAAUAUUUUGUUACAUUAGGAUUAGCUCAUGCAACCUGCUAAAGUUAUUCAAUAUAUCUUUGCACUUUUAUAACUGUAAUCUUUGUAUUUUAAUACAUAUCCAACCAUGUUACCAAAGCCACUUCACUGCCACUCGUGCAUAGUGGUCAUUUAAAUCUACUAUUGCGUUUUAUCCGUUAGCCUAAGGAGAGAACUGUGGAGUUAAAUUGUUUCUGAUAAUUUGAAAUAAACUUUUUUUUAUGUAA